AGCUUAAGAAUGCUAGGAAAAUUAGAAGGCCCGUAUGUAAAGCUGUAGCUAUGAUGCCAGCAAGAGAGGGGAUUUGGGGGCAGUGCAGUGAAUGCUAAUGUAAAGACUGGAGAAUAGUUAUUGGCACUGGUUGGCUUUAAGCAGUUUAUUUGCUUUCUUUUCGUAUAAUUUCACAACUCCCUGCUCAUCGUGUUGUAAUGGUGUGCGGAGUGAUGUGUAGUAUAGCGAGGAGAGUUAACCCGCCAAUGGCAACUUUCCUGUUCACGCUGGUUAUGUGUGCAGCGGGUCUGGUCGCCUACGCCUUCUAUAUCACAUCACAUAGUUUAGAGGAUCCAGAUAUUCAGGACUGGAAUUCGUUUCUCGCUAACUUUGACCACAUCGAGUUCUGCCUGGACGCCAAAAGUAUCAAGGACUCUCCAGAUGCCCUGAAAAACAUCUCGGCCAAAAUAUCCAAGGAAGACAGAGAUGCUUAUUUACAGAACAGUGUGUGUAUGCAAGUGGAAACAACUCUGAAAGCGUCUCAUGGUGUCUCAGAGAGCACAUCUUUACUGAGUGGAAUUGAGCAUGCAGUGUUUAAAGUGGAAGCUAAAAGUUUCGGCAUUCAAGGCGAGCUAAGCAAUGUCCUGUUGUUCGGAUACCUGCAGAUACCUUCAAUUGACGACUGCGAUGCAAACAAGACCUCUGGCUCAGUCGUCGCCACUGAAGACCGCUGUUAUGCGAAGAACAAACUGUCUCCGAAAGGAGAAACAUGUCUACUUCUCAUAACAAAAGAAGCAGGGGUGCUACCUCAAUACAAAAAAAGACCAAAAACUUGCUUUGAGCAUUCAGACACCACUGAUGAACAAAUGAAAGAGGAAGUUAACAGAGUACUUGACAUCAUCUUUAAAACAGAAAAGAGUUCGAAUGACAAGUCAGCCACUUUUGUGCCACGUCGGAAGGGAAACUCGAGUUGUGUGAAAGAAACAAAAUUUCCGUGGCCGACAACGAAAAAUGAAAAGGGAAAAGAUGACUCAGCUAGCACUCAUGCCGAGUCUUAUAUCAUUGAAAUCUACCACAAGUUUAAUAUUGACUUGACGGCCUUUCUUUCUACAGGUGACCAGGAGUUGAUCAACGUACAUUUAGUGCACACAAGUUACUUCAUACUUCUAAUAGUAGCGCUGCUAAUAAUUUUCUCUCUCGUGAGGUCAAAUCAAAACAAAACUCAAGCUUCAUCAGAGAAGACUCUAGCAGAUAAAAAUUCAGAUCCCAGCGGCUCAUCGUCGCCUGCAGCAGCCAAAAUUAAAAAGGAAGGAAAGAAAACAUUCGUUUUGCUGCACAACGAACCUGAUAUUAGUGAUUUAGAUGCCUGAUUGUUACAAAAUAACUUCGGCGAUAAACGAACUUCUCAAUAUUUCCACAGGAGUUAUCACUUUCUCUUGGUAAUCAAAGAUAAUUUUUAGCUUCUUUGUACACAUAGCACGGGAUCUAAUUGAACUGAUAGUUUUAUAUGCUAUAUGUUGAAAUAUGUUAUUGUAUGUUUUCGAUGUGCAGAUAUCAAUUGUCAGUUGUUUCAAAUUGCUUAAG